AACAAUCCCCUUCAUAAUUGAAAAUAUUAGUAAGAAAAACCGUGAUUGAUGGUUAGAUUGGAUGGUAGACAUUGUUUUUUCCUAAACCUAUUUCAGUAAGUAACCACCCUAAUCAAAGGUUCUUUUAUUACUUUCACAGCUCCCUUAGCUUGGUGCAAUCACAAAGCGUAUUGCUUGACAGGUAAUCCACCUUUUUUUUUUUUAAUGAAAUUCUUUGAGAUCACAUAAUUUAUAUGGGAUGGAUUUGUUUUGAAAUAGCGGAAAUCAAAUCUCUUAUUUAAAAAUAAUUUUUCGCAUAAAACCUUAACUUGAAACAUCGAUUUUUUUUGCCAAACGAUUUAAUACAUCCAAUUCACUACCCUCCAACAUUUUCUUGUUCAUAAUCAAUCAGUGUGUUAUUCACUUGCAAGGUGGAGGCAGAACCCAAAAGCAGUUUAGAUAUAAAUAAGAAAAGACAGAAUAUCCACAGCAAAGAGCCAUAUUAAAUUUCAGACUAGAACCUAGACCCCAUGGCCAUGUGGGGCCGGGGGGAAGUGAAAAAGAAUAGAAGAAAAGAAAAGAAAACAGUUGUAUUUAAUUCUUAUUUAAAACCCUUUUGAAGGCUUGGGAGAAAGAAAGAAAAGGAGAGAUGAAAAGAGAAGAAAAAGGUUGAGAAUUGGGAGCAGAAAAGAAGCAAAAUUCGUGUGAAAAGUUGAGUAGGAGGGUAUUAUUGGUAGGGUAUAGGAAAGGAAGGGGCCCCACUACUCCAGUCCUCUCUUGGAGACUUUACGACCCUUUUGCUGAACUUCAUCAUAACACCACCACCCCUCCCCCUCCUGCCGCUGUUUCUGCAAGAAAGCUAGCUGCUUCACUCUGGGAGUUUCACCAAUUUCUUCAUCCUUCUCAACCUAAAAUGCAUAGAGGUGCUAACAACACUAAUGGCCGCUACCAUCAACGCCAUCACAACAACCUUUUCAAGGACAAGGGCAUUGAUUUUUCUCAUUUCUUGGCUGAUCCUUGCCCCAGUUCUGUUCCUGACCAGCCGGAGAGUGCUAGUAGUUUGAGGAGGCAUGUUGCACAAACGCUUAUGAAACACCAUCGAUCAAUUGAAAAUAAUAAUCAUGCCCUUCAGCCUGUAUCACCUGCAAGUUAUGGCAGUUCAAUGGAGGUGGCACCUUAUAAUCCUGCAGUCACCCCUAGCAGUUCGUUUGAUUUUAGGGGAAGGGUUGGUGAGUCGCAUUAUAAUCUCAAAACGUCUACAGAGCUGUUAAAAGUACUGAAUCGGAUUUGGAGCCUGGAAGAACAACAUGUGUCGAAUAUCUCAUUGAUAAAAGCAUUGAAGAUGGAACUAGAUCAUGCUCGUGUUAGGAUUAAGGAGUUACUGCGAGAUCAACAAGCAGAUCGACAUGAAAUUGAUGAUUUGAUGAAGCAGAUUGCUGAAGACAAACUAGCUAGGAAGAGUAAGGAGCAAGAUCGGAUUCACGCUGCUGUACGGUCUGUGAGGGAUGAACUAGAAGAUGAAAGAAAGUUAAGAAAACGUUCAGAGAGUCUACACAGGAAGUUAGCUCGGGAAGUAUCUGACAUAAAAGUUUCUCUGUCUAAUGCCUUGAAAGACCUUGAAAGAGAAAGGAAAUCAAGGAAGCUGUUGGAAGAUCUUUGUGAUGAGUUUGCAAAGGGAAUAAAAAGCUAUGAACGUGAGGUGCAUGGUCUUAGACAGAAAUCUGAUGAAGAUUGGGCUGGAGCAGCUGACUGUGAUCGUAUGAUUCUUCAUAUAUCUGAAUCUUGGCUUGAUGAGCGAAUGCAGAUCAAGCCGGAAGAAGCUCAGUCUGGUUUCGAUGAACAGAAGUCAAUGAUAGACAAAUUAGGCUUUGAGAUAGAGACUUUCCUUCAAGCUAAACGGAUCAGUACUUCUGUUUCUAAGCGUUCUAAUUAUUUAUCACGAAAGGAUCGCAGGAAGUCGCUUGAAUCUGUACCUCUAAAUGAAGCAGUUAGUGCACCUAAAGAUGUUUGUGAUGCGGAAGAUUCUGCCAGCAGUGAUUCGAAUUGUUUUGAGCUGAAUAAGCCAAACAAUGUUGACCUCAAAUCAGAUAAAGAUGUAGCUCUAAAUGGUGAUCUUGAAGAAACAAUAAAAUCAAAUCAUGCAGAGAAAAAACCUCCAUCUCACGAGAAGAGUAAAACUCGGCACCCAUCCAGUUUACAAGUGAAGUUCGAAGAAAAGAUGGCCAGAGCUAUGUGCAACGGAAAUAAAAAAUCUCAAUUGGCCAAUUCAGCACAGGAAGAUACUGUUAUAGGGAACACCACUGAAAUAACAGUGUCACAAAAGUUUGAAAACGAUGAAGCCACCCAAUAUGGCAGCGAGGGAAGAAAAAAUAAGCUUGAUGAGAUACAUGGAUUGAGCUCAAAUUAUGUACUGGAUAACUUAAUAAGAAAUCACAUGGCACUGUCGGAAGGUGGGAAUAUAAAUCCUGAAAAUGACUGUGGUGAGGCUUCCUGUAGUUUCCCGGCAUGGAAGAACCAGCUGAGUCCAGUGCGGCAAUGGAUGACAAAAUUCACAUCCCCUGACUUAGAUGAAUCAGAGUCUUCAACAAAGCUACCUCCAGGAACGAAGGAGAACACUUUGAAGGCCAAGCUUCUUGAAGCAAGGUCCAAAGGGCCACGUUCACGUUUAAAAAUAUUCAAGGGUAAGUCAUAGAAUAAUCAGCUGAUGAUUAAAGCACGCUGGAUUGGCUGCUUCUGCAUGUGUUGCUUGCAGUGCGGAUUUAUGUUAUGUGAAUCCGCAUGUUGCUAUGUCAUGAUCUUCGGUCAUCUGUAAUUCUUGGAUUCUUUGUAUGUCUGUAUAUUGAAGUAAUAUCACACAACAUAGUCACGAAUCAGAUGAAAUUAACUAAAGGGUCGUUUGGCUAAAA